GGGCUCAGCUAUCCUACCUUGAGCGGGAAGAGAAAGUCCAAGCUAUUUCCGGGUCGUCUGAAGUCCUCCUUUUCGACUGCGACCGAGUCAUCACCUCUUGGGAUCUUGAAGAGGGCGUGUUCAAGUGGAUAAAGCGCGGGAAAUGCGUUGCCGACCAAAAUCUGUGUCUAAGAAGGAUGUGAACAAUCCCCUCAGCACGACGGAUGAGAUUUUGUACAACUCGAUCUGGCGAUUCCUCGCGCUUCGAGAAUAUAUCGACAACAACCACAAUCUUACUGCAUGGGGCAAGGUUUUGAAGACUGCCAUUGCAGCGCUCCAGGGCAAGUCAGAAUUAGAGGAGGCUACGGUUGUUGCGAUCGAGCUCAUCCGCCAGGGUGUUCUUAACUGGGAACUUGAUAUGUUCCCUUACAACGGCGCUCCCAUGCGCGGCGAGACCAGGGACAGACAGUUCAACCUUCUCGUGUCAAGAGUAGCAGGACUUGGCAACCUCCGGCACAAGGCUAUCGGGUUUACGGGACCCCUCAGCCAGCACUUGCUGGCCUACGGCUCUAUUGUCAACCUAGUACGACAAACUCUCCGCGAUCUGGUCGAGGUUGCUGCAACGCACAUGUUUAUGGGUGCCUUCGCCAAGCGUGACCUUACCAACCUUUCGGAGAUCGCCAUGAAUCUUCCCUUCCUCCUGUCGAACAAUUGUGCCCUUAGCAUCGCCGUCAAGUCGUACCUCGACGAAUUGUACACCGAUAAGGACCCCACCGCGACCGAGACUAAGGAGCGCGUUCGCGAGACGGCGGCCAAUCGAUACUUCCCGCAGGCCACGGACCUCGUUGGUGACCUCCACACUGCUGGCGAGCUAUGGGAUGCAGUCUACGAUGGAGUGAAGAGCUCGGGCAGUGCGCUGAAGGAGUCAGAGAAGAAGCAAUGGGCCGAGGCCAACGAGUGGUUCGCUGCGCGACGAUGAGUGAAGCAGAACAACAAUCUUGGUGACUGCCUCUACAAGAAG